UCGAUUCAGCGUUAAGAUGAAUCGGAUUCAUUUCUUUGUCCGUUUAUUUUCUGGUGGAAAAACCCUAGUUGUUCAAGCCGAUUCCACGAAUCGAGUGGAAGUAAUUCACCAGAAAAUCAGUUUGAUCACCGGAAUUCCCAUAUCUGUCCAGAGCUUAAUCUACAGGGGCAAACAACUUCAAUCAGACCAAACAAUAUCGGAUUGUGGAAUUGAAAUGGAAUCCAACUUGCAACUCGUUGGCCGAUUGAGGAGCACAAAGCAUUCUCACGCUUGGAAGCUCAUGAAUGAAUUGUCUUCACUAAUUUGGGGAUUCCGCAAAACCGAAUUCCGUUCGGUUCGGUAUGACAAGGAUCAUAUAGAAGAUGUGCUUAUAGAGAUUUUAAUUAUGAUUCCUCAUGACAUUGAUGAAGCCUCUGAAUACCUCGAAAUAUUUAUUUCAUCCUCUGUUCCAGCAGCUCUGGUAAUGCUUUAUAUGUCUUCACGUCUAGACUAUAAAACUCUUGCUGAUAAAUGUAUUCGUCAAAUUAUAAAUUCAUUUAAGAGUGAGUCCCUUACACCAAUGUAUAGUACAUGUGCUAUCAUGUUAGAAUUUUGUAAGAUUUUGAGAGAGGCUGGGAUUGAAGAUGAUUUGUACAUCUUUUGUCGGAGUAGUUUCUGUGAUAUCAUAGAGCUCGUAGGAAUUGCGAGGUGCAAGGCUGAUACGAAGAAGUUCAUAUCAUUGCAGGAUGUUUUACCAUUUGUUCGUGAGAUAGCUGCUCAAUUACACCAUAACUUAAAUUUGACUAUGGAAUCAACUGAUUUGUCAUUACCGUGUAGCCUUGUGCAUGAUUUUGCUGCUUUUAUGCUUCCAGUGCGGAAUGCCAUAUUGUUUCAAGUACCAUUUGGCUUUACAAUAACUUUUCCGUUGAUGGAGAAUGACACCGGUGAAGCAGAGUAUUACAGAGAGAGUAUAGAGUGUUUACAUUGUUCUUUCCAUGGUUUGCUAGAAGCAACGUUGUUGUCUUUAGGGCAUUUGGAAACCCGGUUGGGCUUGAAAGAGGAAGUAGAAGAUGCGCGAGUUGUACAAUGGUGGUCUUUGUAUCUUACAAUUCUAAAGGAGUUAAACAAUAUAUCAAAAGUGUAUACGGGCCUGGAGAAAGUGUUUUGGCAAAAGAUGAGGCAAGUAAAGGCUUCAUUGUGCUUUCUGGUAGUUAAGUUUGCAACUAAAUCAGAAGAUUAUGGAUGGCUUUUCGAGCACAAGGAGGUAAUGAGUUUUGAGGUACGGAGACAUUUGGCAAUAAUGAUGCUUCCAGAAGUUGGAGACGGCGGGGGGCUGUACUGCAUGUUCAUUGACAGGUCUCGAUUGCUGGAAAAUUCGUUUGAGUACAUUGGUAAUGCCACUCCUAAGAAUCUGCAAGGUUGUUUGUUUAUUAAAUUCAAACAUGAAGAAGCUACUGGGCCUGGUGUGUUGAGGGAGUGGUUUUUAUUGGUAUGCCAAGCGAUGUUCAACCCUCAGAAUGCUCUCUUUGUUGCUUGCCCAAAUGAUCGUAGAAGGUUUUUUCCAAAUUCAGCAUCUAAGGUUAAUCCAUUACACCUUAAUUACUUCUGCUUCUCUGGUAGGAUGAUUGCAUUGACUUUAAUGCAUAAAGUACAAAUCGGUGUUGUGUUUGAUCGCACUUUCUUUUUGCAAUUGGCUGGGAAAGACAUAACAUUGGAAGAUGUUAGGGAUGCGGAUCCACCCUUUUACAAGAGCUGUAAGGAAAUACUAGAAAUGGAUCCAGAGAUGGUGGAUGGAGAUAAUCUAGGCUUGAGGUUCAUUUGUGAUAUUGAGUCGAUGGGCUCUAGGAAAGGGAUCGAGCUUUGUCCCAAUGGGAAAGAUACGAUCGUGGACAGUAAGAAUCGGGAGAAAUAUAUUAAUCUUCUUAUAAAACAUUACUUUGUAACAUCAGUUGCAGAGCAGGUUGCGUGUUUUGCCAAAGGCUUUGCUGAUAUUACAACCACUUCAAGGCACCAACCCUUUUUCCGGUGUCUUAAUCUUGAGGAUCUCGACUUAAUGCUUGAUGGUAGUGGAAAUGAUAUUUCUGUUGAAGAUUGGAAAGCACAUACUGAUUACUCUGGCUACAAGAAAAGUGAUCGUCAAAUAUCCUGGUUCUGGAAGAUAGUCGAGUGUAUGUCUGUUGAGCAGAGAAACGCGCUCCUCUUCUUCUGGACUUCAAUUAAGUUUCUGCCUCCAAAUGGUUUUGCUGGUUUGAGCUCAAGGCUUUACAUCCACAAAAGCUCGACACCUUAUGAUCACUUGCCUACUUCACAAACCUGCUUCAACUGCUUGCGUUUUCCUCCUUAUAAGUCCAAGUCUAUCAUGCAAGAUCGACUCCACAUAAUUACUCAAGAACACAUUGGUUGCAGCUUUGGUACCUCGUGAUCGAUCAGAGGCAAAUUCAACAUUUGAAGCUUAUAAUGUUUAGUCUACAAUGUAGGUAAACUCUUGCUAAAGAAGAAACAAAAAUUAAUACAGUCAGAUCUUUCUAUAACUUUCUAUA